UAAAUAUAAAGAGACGCAUAUCGUUGGCAUUAGACUAAUUUAAUAAUGUAAAAAAAUUAUAUUAUUAGUGCACAAACCUUACUCUUAAUGUUGUUAGUCCCAAACACCCACCCCAGAAAGUGUAAAUAAAAGAUAGCUUCUUCGUUCUUCAUUCUCAAACAAGUCUGUUAACUUCCCUCUCUAUGCACCUCAACCCCCAAAAGGAAAGGCUCUUCAAAUUUUCUUGACAUUUUGUCUGAGUUUCUUGGAGCUGUAGGGGGCCAAUAAGUUCAUCUUGAAGAGGGCUCCUCAAGUCCAAGUUACUUAGACAUAAUUAAGAGAUGGGUGAGAAGACAAGCUUCCAGUUGGGGGUGGUGGGAGCAUUGUUUCUCUCAGUGGCAUCCUCAGUAUCCAUUGUUAUUUGCAACAAAGCUUUGAUGAGCAAUCUUGGUUUCCCAUUUGCAACAACAUUGACAAGUUGGCAUCUGAUGGUGACAUUUGUUGCACUGCAUGUGGCACUAAGAUUCAAUUUCUUUGAGAACAAACCCAUUGACAUGAAGACUGUGAUUCUGUUUGGCAUCUUAAAUGGCGUUUCCAUUGGCUUUCUCAAUCUCAGCCUCGGUUUUAACUCUAUUGGCUUUUACCAGAUGACAAAGUUAGCAAUUAUACCUUUCACUGUACUUUUAGAAACCAUUUUCUUGAAAAAACAAUUCAGCCGGAAUAUCAAAUUCUCUCUGUUGAUUCUGCUGCUCGGAGUCGGCAUCGCCUCCAUUACCGAUCUUCAGCUCAAUUUUGUUGGCACAAUCCUCUCUCUACUAGCAAUUGUUACAACUUGUGUUGGACAAAUUCUCACCAAUACGAUUCAGAAGAGACUCAACAUCUCCUCUACACAACUGUUGUACCAAUCAGCCCCUUUCCAAGCAGCUAUUCUAUUUGUGACAGGGCCUAUGGUGGAUCAAUUCCUUACUAAAAAGAAUGUUUUUGCUCACAAGUAUUCUAAUGUUGUGUUGGGAUUCAUAUUGUUGUCGUGCUUGAUUGCUGUGUCAGUGAAUUUCAGCACAUUUUUGGUGAUUGGGAAGACAUCACCCGUGACAUAUCAAGUGCUUGGCCACUUGAAAACAUGCCUUGUUCUUGGAUUUGGCUAUACACUGCUGCAUGAUCCCUUCACAUCAAGAAACAUUGUUGGAAUACUAGUUGCCAUUGUUGGCAUGGGAUUGUAUUCUUUUUUUUGCACACAUGAAACUAAAAGGAAACAGCUUGGAGAUCAUUCUUCCACUCCUCAGGUCAGAGAAAAAGAUUCUAGUACGCCACUUCUAGCUGGGAAGGAUGGUUAUCAAGAUAAGGAAAAUCAUGAAUCCAAGAAGUUAUCCAAGAUCUCCCUUGUUUAAAUUUUGAAGUUGAGAUGAGGAUGUUUCAAACAAAAAGAAAAUCUGAAUUUGGAGACAUUCCACCGGAUGUAAAUGAUUUUUGGUUGAUUCAAUAAUAUUUUCACGAAUUUGUUA